AUGGGAAGUCCAAAUCAAAAACCAGAAGUUGAAGCAUUUGAGACACUAGGAAGACUGUGUGAAGCUUUCGCCUACAGAUCCUCGGCUCAUGGGAUUCCACGCAUUGUGACUGCUAAGGGAGUAUUUCGAAAGUUGAUGUGGCUUUGCGUAUUUGUGAUAGCGGUAAGUGGCUUUGGCUAUCAUAGCAUUGUUUUAAUCACAACGUAUCUGUCCUAUCCUCGCCUGACAACAACUGAUGAGGUUCAUGCUACAGAAAUUGAGUUUCCUUCUGUGACUGUCUGCAACGUUAAUUCUCUUAAGAAAGAAUACUUUGAAAAACUCUUUCCGGUCUCUGAUUCCUCAUUUCCCUCUCAGCUACAUCCCUCGCCUAUUCCCUCAGAAUCGAAUAUUGUGAAGCCGAUAGUCAACAAAGAUAUGGAUAACUUGGUUUUUAAACAAGCUGCAGCCUUCAAGUCCGAUACAUACACAACAGAUGAUGAAACUGUAGUCACCCCGAACAUUUGUCUGAAUGAUUCCAUAGAUGACUUUAUCUCUAAGAGUCGAACAAUGGAUCUCAGUGAUAUGUGGAUGAACCUUGUCGCGAAUAAGGAAACACUCAGUAAAUAUGGGCACCGAGCAAACGACUUGAUUGUUCAGUGCACAUACAACUCAAGAAACUGUUUCAAUGGAAGCUUUUCUAUCGUCAACAUUGAAACCACGCCAUCACCCAGAUUUGGUCUGUGCCAUACCAUUUCUGUCCGGAAAGAACAAAUGAGAAGACUGAAGAAAACAGGUUCCACAUUUGGUUUGAGGCUUACCUUGAAUAUUGAGCGAGACGAUUAUAUGGACCAGAUAGUUCCAGAAUAUGGCGCUAGACUGCUAGUUCAUGCAUUCGGAACAAUUCCAAGUUUACAACAAGGAGGAAUCAUCUUGAGACCAGGGAUAAAAUCAUAUGUCAGCAUUAAGAUGUACUGUCAAGCCCUUUGUCAGGAGGCCGAGUUACUUCAAAUGUGUGGAUGUCUGGGGGAAAUUUCUCGCGAAGUGAACUGUCGCAGGCAAUUCUUCAGAAAGUCUGCUAUGGGUAACACCAAGUGUUUCACACUUUGUAAACCAGCAUGUCAAGACAUUCGGUACGACAUGACAGUGUCCCAGUCCGAUUGGCCCAGCUUACCCCACCAAGCGGAAGUUUUGAGGAGAUGGCCAAAUCUAAAUUGGAAGCUUGCCAACCAUGUCAUUACCCAUACCCCUGAAGACCCGCUGAGUCUGCAGCAAGAAGAGUUUCAAUAUCACAACCAUAAAUUUGUAUUUGAUGUCGAUUCAAUUAGACGUAACCUCCUCCGAGUUCACAUUUAUUUACAAGAAAUGAAUUAUUUCCGGGUUAAGGACGAGCCUGGCUAUACUCUUCCUCAACUUUUUGCUGAUUUGGGAGGCUGCCUUGGAUUGUAUAUUGGGGUCUCAGCCAUCACCAUCGUAGAGAUUUUAGAACACUUCACUAGCAUUAUUAAAUUCUUGUACGUUCGGCGAAAUCGAGCUGCAGUUAUGAACCAUGAACUGUCACCGUCCAAAAUAUUUUCAAGCCCAAUCACUAAGCCCAAGUUUCGAAACAUUUCAAUUCAAGUAACGGAUGCCAACGGAAGUAAAGGAAGGAACGGUGUAAGACAAAAGAGCCCUUUGCAGCAAAUUCAGCAAAAAUUCACUCUACGUCGCAGCAUGUAA